UGGGAAUCGAUCCAUGUCCACCACCGCAGGCAUAUUUACCCCAGUAACAAGUGUGAAGACCGAUCAAGCAUAUGCCCGUGAGAAUACCUCUAAACCCACUCAAGGCAUGCAAGCUAACUAUUGUCUAGCCUUCGCACACUACGUAUGUUGACCCAGAGUAAACCCACUAAGCACCUCGCCGACAAAUAAUAUGAAAUGCAGUCCCAAGCAAUCAAAGCCGGCGGCCAAGUCUGGCUCUCCGGUCAGAUCCCUGCGGACGCCCAAGGUAAUCUAAUCAAGGGCUCAACCGUUGAGAAGACCAAAGUCAUCAUCCAGAAUACGGAAGCCAUUCUUAAAGAGGCCGGCUCCGGACUGGGCCGGGUUGUCAAAGUGGUUGUACGCGCCCUUUAAACACGCAAGCCCUUGGAUAUCC